AUGAGUGAUAAUCCGUUUGAAAUAAAUCUUGGGUCGCUUCCGCCCACUCGGGCCAGUUCACCAUCGGUUAAAUAUUGCCAAUUAUCGAUUAAGGAAACAGAAUCUGAAUUACAAACAGACAUAACUUCUGGUUUAAAUAACAACCAGGAUAUAUUGAAUAGAAGAUCGCUUCACGGAGUUAAUGAACUUACUGGCGAAGAGGAUGAAAGUCUUUUCAAGAAGUUUUUAUCGAGUUUCUAUGGCGAUCCAUUAAUCUUGUUAUUAAUAGGAUCUGCUGCCAUCAGUUUCUGGAUGGGAAAUGUCGAUGAUGCUAUUUCUAUUACGUUGGCCAUCACUAUUGUUGUCACUGUUGGAUUUGUACAAGAGUAUAGAUCAGAAAAAUCAUUGGAGGCGUUGAAUAAAUUAGUUCCAGCAGAAGCCAAAUUAACUAGAAACGGCAGUACAUCUCACGUUUUAGCGUCAACAUUGGUUCCGGGCGAUUUGGUUCAUUUUAGUCAAGGUGAUAGAAUUCCGGCUGACAUCAGAUUAACUGAAUGCACCUAUUUGACUAUCGAUGAAAGUAACUUGACUGGUGAAAAUAGCCCAGUAAGAAAGAAUUCGGAUACAUUAAAAAAUAACAAAAACGAAUUAAUCCCUGUCACAGAAAGAACCUCAAUUGCCUAUAUGGGCACAUUGGUGAGAGAUGGUCAUGGUGCUGGUAUUGUUGUGGCUACAGGAGCCAAGACUGAAUUUGGUGCCGUCUUUGAAAUGAUGUCUGAAAUUGAGAAACCUAAAACUCCUUUGCAACAAGCUAUGGAUAAAUUAGGAAAAGAUCUAUCCCUUUUCAGUUUUAUAGUAAUUGGUGUUAUUUGCUUGAUUGGUAUAUUUCAAGGUCGCUCUUGGUUGGAUAUGUUUCAAAUUUCUGUAUCCUUGGCUGUUGCCGCCAUACCUGAGGGCUUGCCUAUCAUUGUUACUGUUACUUUAGCUUUAGGUGUUUUAAGAAUGGCUCGUCAUAAGGCUAUUGUUAAGAGAUUACCUAGUGUCGAAACUUUAGGAAGUGUGAACGUUAUUUGUUCGGACAAGACUGGAACAUUAACCCAAAAUCAUAUGACAGUUACAAAAAUAUGGGCACUUGACUUUAAAGGAAGCUUUAACAGUCCAUUCUUAAUUGUUGAGAAACUAGAUGACAACAGCUUACACCACCAAUUAACUGAUAAUAUGCAUAAAAUUUUAGAAACUGGUAAUAUUUGUAAUAAUGCUAGAUACUCCAGAGAAAAUGAAAAAUACGUUGGUAAUCCAAGUGAUAUUGCUCUAGUUGAGUGCUUGCCUCAUUUUGGUUUGGAAGAUUUGAGAGCUACUAAGCAGAAGGUUUAUGAAUUGCCAUUUUCUUCUACUAGAAAGUAUAUGGCAGUAUGUGUUCAUACUGGUGACAUGGACAAGUCUGAGACAUUCGCUAAAGGUGCUUCUGAAAGAAUAGUUUCACUUUGCUCAAAAUACUAUGACGAAAAUGGUGAGGUCAAACCUUUGACAAAUGAAAUUAAAAAAUUAAUCUCGGAAAAGUCUGAUGCAUUGGCUUCGGAUGGCUUGAGAGUUUUGGGAUUAGCAAGAAACAAUUUAAAAUUUGUCAAUAACGGUAAUGAUGCUAAUGAGCCAAAGGAUUUAAUAUUCUGUGGAUUGGUCGGUAUGAAAGAUCCACCAAGACCAAAUGUUGGAAAAUCUAUCUCAUUGUUGAUGAAAGGUAGAGUACAUGUUGUUAUGAUCACUGGGGACUCUGCUACCACUGCAAUUAAUAUUGCCAAACAGAUUGGAAUUCCUGUUUUGAAUGAAAGUUCUGUCAUGACAGGAGAUCAAUUGGAUAAUUUGAAUGAGGAAAAAUUGGCUGAAGCAAUCCAUAAUAUUUCGGUCUUUGCAAGAACCACCCCUGAGCAUAAAGUUUUGAUCGUCAAGGCACUUCAGAAAAGGGGUGACAUUGUUGCAAUGACAGGUGAUGGUGUUAAUGACGCACCUGCAUUGAAGUUGGCAGAUAUUGGUAUUGCAAUGGGUAAGAACGGUACUGAUGUUGCCAAGGAGGCUGCUGAUAUGGUUUUGACGGAUGAUGAUUUUUCCACGAUAUUAUCUGCAAUCGAAGAAGGUAAGGGGAUUUUCUACAACAUUCAAAACUUCAUCACCUUCCAAUUGUCUACAUCUAUUGCGGCCUUGACAUUAAUUGCAUUGGCCACUUUCUUUGGAUUACCAAACCCUCUUAAUGCUAUGCAAAUUUUGUGGAUUAACAUUUUAAUGGACGGACCCCCAGCACAAUCAUUAGGUGUUGAGCCUGUGGAUCACGAAGUCAUGAAUAAACCACCAAGAAAACGUAACGACAGAAUCUUAACCGACAACGUUCUCAAGAGGGUAUUACAAUCAGCUGCUAUGAUUAUCGUUGGUACAUUGUACAUAUUCGUUAAGGAAAUGACCGACAAUGAAAUCACUGCCAGAGAUACCACUAUGACCUUCACAUGCUUUGUCUUGUUUGACAUGUUCAAUGCCUUAGCUUGCCGUCAUUACUCAAAGUCGAUUUUCGAAAUUGGUAUGAAAAAUCAGAUGUUUAACUUCGCUGUGCUUGGUUCGUUAAUUGGUCAAUUCUGUGCAAUUUAUGUUCCAUUCUUCCAGGCAAUAUUCCAAACCGAAGCUUUGUAUUUUACUGAUUUGGUUCAUCUUGUUUGUUUGACGAGUUCUGUAUUCUUUGCUGAUGAAGCUAGAAAAUAUUUCCUCAGAAGGAGAAAUGCCUACAAUAAUGGCUUUCACUGCGGUGUUUAG